CUUGGAUAAGCCUUAUCAAAUACCGCCUUUCUAUGACUGAUUUCUUCAGGAAGAUGUUUUUAAUCUGUCCAGAAAGGUUGCUGCUGCUCACUCUGAUGUUUGGAUGUGGUGCUUUGGGAACAACUUUGAAUGAAAGUGCCGUGGAAGAGGGCUUUGACGAUGAUUACACACCAUCCUAUGAUCAGGGAGAUUCUACUUCCACUGAUAAAUAUGGAUAUGAAGCUGACCAACAUGACACAUCAUCUGACCUCCAGGAAGAAUAUUCUUCUAUUGAAUCCUCUACAUAUAUUGUCACUCAAAAUGGAAAUGGUUCCAUCAAUGGUUCUGGGAGAAAAAUAGUCAUAGAACGAUACUACUAUAUUAAUAUUACCAAAUAUGUUCCCAUUUCCCCGGAAUCAAAUAAACGUCACCUCAUCAUGAAUAUUUCCCAGGAGGCACGGCGGUUUCUAACAGGAUCAUUAUCCACCAUCAUCAUCCCAUCCUUCUACACACUGGUCUGUCUCCUCUGUGUGCCCAUCAACAUCUGUGCACUGCUGAUAUUCAUCAGGAGGAUCAAGCCUAAAACCCCACUUGUGAUCUGCAUGAUGAACCUGGCCUGUGCUGACCUGCUCUUCUCUGUGGUGCUGCCCUUCAAGAUCUCCUACCACUUCAACGGAAACGACUGGAUAUUCGGUCGUGCCAUGUGCCGUAUAGUCACUGCAGCCUUUUACUGGAACAUGUACUGCUCCGUUCUGCUCAUCUCCCUCAUCAGCGUGGACCGGCUCCUCGCUGUGGUCUAUCCUUUCCAGUCUUUGUCGUGGAGAAGUCCUGCAAAGGCAGUCAUUAGCUGUGCAGCCAUGUGGAUCCUGUCUUUUGUUGGCUCAAUGCACCUCCUCUUCACUGAACAGACUUUCAACCUCACAGAGUUGAACAUCACCACCUGCCAUGACAUCCAGCCCUCACAGCCUUUCUGGGGUUACAAGAUGCACUACAUCGCCCUCUGCUUCCUCCUCUUCUUCCUGCCUCUCAUCAUCACUUUGGUGUCCUACACUCGGGUAAUUUUCAGACUGAGUAAAGUCAAACCAGGGUUUCCAGACUGCUCACCGAAAAAAAGAAGAACAAUGUUCUUGGCUGCAACAGUACUGGUGAUGUUUGUGCUGUGUUUCUUACCUACCAACAUUGUCCUCUUAGCGCAUCAGCUGAUGUAUUCUGAAGAAAUAGAAGACCAGGAGAAAGAGAUGAAUCCUGACAGGCUCUAUGUAAUCUAUUUAGUCUGUCUGUGUUUAGGAAGUCUCAACUGCAUCCUUGAUCCUCUGGUCUACUAUUUAGGAUCGUUCUAUUUCAAAAAGGAGGUAUCCAGUAUGCUGAAGUAUAAGAAGAUCGAACAGUGCACCAGUGGCAGCCGUCUUCAUCGGGGCAGAACACCAAAUCCAACCGUAAAGAAAACUAGCAGUGACUCUUCUCAGGUGAACCUGCAGUCAACACAAGAAACAGCUGGUCUGAUAGGCACGCUGAGCAUGCAUCAAAGGGACCUUUUGGGUUUUUUCUACCUGGGUUCUUUUAAAAUGACGCUAAAGCUCAAAAAGUUUUGUAUUGCUGGCUGCAAUAAAUUGCUUCAGUCUGUGUAG